AUGCUUUACCAGGAAAAACUCAAAGAGUGUGAGCAGUCGGUUCGUAAAUAUGAACAGGAAGUGGACAGCUUGACCUUCCGAAAUCAGCAGUUGUCAACAAGAGUACUGAUUCUCCAAGAAGAACUUGAUGAAGCUGAAGCCAACAAAAAGAAACACAAGCAUAAACAUGAUGCGAGCCCGGUAAAUCUUCCAUCUCCUACUUCAGUGUACAAUGAAGAACUCAUGAACAAGAUACAGGAGAAUGAAAGGCUUCAUAAACAGAGGGCAGAGAGUAACCAGAAGUACCAGAGUCGAUUGGAGGAGCUAGAGAAAUUAGUCAAGGACUAUGAGAAGAAAUUCAGUCAACACCAAGAAGUAUUAGAUAACACAGUACAGAUGGACAAAGCCCAGAUAGACAAAUUACAGGAGGAAAAAGCCAUGCUGGAGGUCAAGUGUCAGACAAUGGAGAAGGAAAUCAAAACCUGCAGGUCAUGGACAGACAUUGCGGAGAACCAGUUGAAGACAGUACAGUUCCAUUUACAAAGACAAUUAGAGCAGGCCAACAAAAUCAUUGCAGACAAGCUGCCUUUCAUUGACACAAUAUUCAGUGUCCACAAACUGAACCUUUCGCAUAAUCUACUUUUUCUUGAUCAACCUUCUCUUCCUCGUUGCUUGAUUCUGCAGCCAAAGAAAGUGAAAACAGAGCUAGGAAACCCAACAAAACCAAGUAGCGUGUUUGGAAGCUCAGAGAAAGAUGCAUUUUAUCCCAAGGACAAAAAGAGGGCAGAUGAGUGCAUAGAAAAACUUGCCAACAUUCAAGAAAAGAUUUUUACUGCAACCAAAAAUAAGAAGAGGAUAUCUGAGAUUUACGGAAAAUCCAAGGAAGUACAGAAGUAUUUAGAUCCAGCCUAUACUGAUGAAAUGACAAUGAGUGAUGAAGCUAAGGAAGAAGUUAUCAUAGCAGAGGAAGAAUUUUUGAGGGGCCAAGCCAAACAUUUGGAAAUGAUGGAAGAAUUAAAGUCAACGUUGGACAGUGAACACCUUAAAUCUACUCCAAAGUUUACAGAAAAGUUUGAGGCCUUGAGUCAUAUUCAGAUAAAACAGCAGGACCAAACUUCAGAGCUUACUGAAGAAGCAAGAAAGUUGCUGGCAACAUAUAACAAUAUUAUUACCUUGGUAUCCAGGCAGUUUGUCCAAUGGGAUGAAAUACUGACUAAUAUAGAGGCCAAGAAAACAAAGACCAAAAACUAAAAUAUCAUAGAAAAAUGGUGUUAGUGC